UUGCGAUGUUUCGUCGGCGAUCGGCAUCUGGGGGGAAAGAGAGGAUCCAUGCCCGCUGGCUCUCUGCGGUCGAGCAACACCGACCGGCCGCGCGGGGGCUCGCUCACCGUGCUGACCAACAUCGCGCCCUGUCUCCGGCCGCAGCUCCGGCGCAUACUCGGCCGCCGGUUCCAAUGUAACGCCAGCCUCAUCGAGCUGCAGAGCCCCCUGCUGUACAACGACAUGGUGGUCAUACUCUCAAACGAGCCCGAAAAGUACGGCGGGCGCGACCCACGGCUCGACGAGAUUCUCUGGAUCGGGCGUCGCGAGAGCCGGGUACACCACGUCCUAGUUGCACCGCGCCAGCUGAGCGAGCUCUCCGUGACCAUGCCACACGUGUGGCGCUCGUCGUGCGGCGACCAGGACAUCGCCCAGCACCUGUGGGUGCUCGGUGAGCUGCAGCAGAUCUUACGCCGCACGGACUGGCAGACCGAGGACGACGUCGACGACGAGCGAAGCCUUGGCUGGGACUGGCUGACCGGGCCCGCGUCGACCUACACGGGCGGAGAACUUGCCGGAGCUGCCGAGCCGAACCGCCACCGCCACCGCCGACGAAUACUAGGCUUUUGAACGACCAAUUUCGUACGAAAACACGUGUCUAGAUACACUAGUGACUAGAGAGGCGCCUUGUGCGCUUGGGACACAUGAGACAUGUGUCAUCUCUCUGUCAUGUCGCUCAGGUGGUCUUGCGUGAAGAACGGCUGACACCGUU